CCUCCAUCUUCGUUCCCUCCUCACUUUCCGGGGGAGGACCGCACCCCGCAAAUCUUGAGGGAGACGAGUUUAGGAAAAAAAAAAUGGAAUCCCGCUCAAGCUCGAGACGUGCUCGCGAUCAUCAAGCGACGGGCAGCAGAAGGAAAUCACGCGAGUGGCCUGCUCCGAACGGUAACGACGGGCGCAGCGACGAGCAGGACAGCAACGAAGCCUGCAACGGAGAGACAGCCAAGUCAGGCAGAGACGUGGAAGAAGACGACAUUUCCAUCGCACCAGCAUCCUCCUCCUCAUCGUCCUCGUCUGACCGUGACGAGGCGCGGCCACAGCGCGGCACGACGGGUGGCAAGCGGGCCAGCGCCUCGAACGACGAGGACGGGGCAGGGGCGAACUCGCCAAAAAGAUCGAAGUCUCGGUCGAGCGACUUCGUGUGCCGUUAUUGCAACAAGAUAUUCAGCCGGAAAGACAGUCUCUCGAGACAUGUGAACCUUCACAGAAGGCUCGGACAUGAGGUGGGAAGUGCCGAGGCUGUGACUCUGAAGCGUGCAUCCAAGGCUUGCGACAACUGCGCCUCUUUCAAGGUACACUGCGACGGAAAGAAGCCCUGUUCUCAGUGCCGCCAGCGCGGAUGCGAGUGCACGCUUGACAGACUGUGGCUCCGGGGUCGCAAUCUCUCCGCUGGUCGAUCGUCCACGGGGUCGGGAGACACGACGACGCCUGCGGCCGGCAGGAUGGGCAAUUCCCAGGACACGAGGAACAACGAGCAAGCUGCGCUGAGAGGGACCAACGAGAGCGAAGACACCAAUCAAUCAGCAGAUCUCCUGAUUGAUCGGUGCGAGGGUCUCGCCAUGCUGGGCCAGGCCGCGUCGUCGAUGCUGCACCAGGAUCAGCAAGGCCCCUCUUAUGGACACCCAUCAUAUCAGCAGACAGACGUUCAUAGCCUGUAUGCAGUACCGGGUCGUACACUUUCGACCAAUAACUACCGCGAAUCAACAUCGCCCCUACCACGGCAGGUGGUGCCAGCACUGCCACCACCACCACCACCGCCACCAGCAGCAGCAGCAGCAGCAGCAGCGGCAGCAGCAACAGCAGCACAUAUACCAGCGUCAUUGGCAGAAACGGCAGGGCAAGGGCAUGUAGUCGGCCAGUGGCAAGAGACCGACCUCGACCAGAGGCAAAUAGCGUCUUCAAGAAGACAUUUCGGCCUAGCACUGCCCUCUCUUGACGGGGCCGACGCAUCGCUCCAGCCUGGACCUCACGAUAGUGUUCCGGUGAAUGCUUCGCCAGACGUAGGCCUGGAGCUGCGGAGGAUUUUGUCGGAAGCCGGCAGUACCGGCCCCUCCAGUCAGCCAGAGGCCAGUGGUAUGCACCAGGGACAUUAUCAUCAUCCUCAGCAGAAUCCGCCCGUUGUCGGUCUGGCAGCAGCAUCGUCGUCCGCUGCAACCUCGUCUGAGUGGCCCGCAUUCUCGUUCGACAGCUUCUUCAUCGAGCAGCCCUUGGACGUCUUUCAGCUUGAGCCGAGUAAUUCUCAGUGGAUCUUUGACGCGAAUCUUUUGAACGAGAAUGGUGUAUUGGAUGAGAACUUAUCGUUUGCAGAGACCGUCGGCUCCACAUCGGGUGACACCGCCGGCGACCACACAGCGACUCCUCGACAGACGACUCAAGCGCUUCAGGCACCAAUCGAAGCACAUUUCUACGAAGAGGGAAACGGCCACGGUGGCCCCGGUGGCCCCGGUGGGAUGGGAGCCGCGGCAGAUCGACUCGACGGCGUCGAAACUGUUGGGGCAGAAGAAGACGUUGAACAUCGAGGGAGCAUUUCACUGGAAGUCCACGAGACUGGCCGCGCUACGAGAAUCCAGACGAGGGCCAACACGCCAGUCGAAGCCGCCGCCCAGCCCGACUCGACCACCGGUGGCGGCGUGGGCGAGAAGAACUGGCCGGAAGAAAGGACGAGAUACCGAACGAGGCAGCAAGACUUUCGGAUGCCGCCUUUGCCGACUUUCGAGGAGCUCGAGGAGGCCAAGAGAAAGGAUGAUCUGGCGCAUACCAAGGCGCUCGACGAACGGACGCUCACGCGCGUCGUGGCAGCCAUCGACGAGGUUCGAUCGGUGAGCGCACACCGCUCUCUGAUUCUCAAUCGAUUUCCAAAGCACGAUCUCAUGGACCUCUUUGUCCAGUGCUACUUUGAACACUUCCACCCUCAUUUCCCUCUUCUUCACAACACCUUUGACCCGCGCAGAGCUCACUGGCUCCUCUGUACCGUCGUCGCCGCCGUCGGCGCACAGCUGUCGUCGCUGAAGCAUGCACACGAGAUGAGCAACUACCUCAACGAGAUCGUCCGCAGAGGUGCUGCUUACGUCGCAGAGCGAGACAACAGCUGCAUCAUCGAGCCGUGGUACAUCCAGUCACUCCUCCUCUGUAACAUUCUCGGCACGUUCUCCGGCAAUCCGCGCCACUUCGAACUGGCCGAGAUUCUUCGGUCGCAAGUCUUGACACAUCUUCGAAGAAGAAGCGACUACCUUGCAAGUCAUCCAAUCGCCGACUUUGAGGCUCUCGAGGGUGUAGACGCAAAGUGGAAGGCGUGGAGAAAGGCCGAGGAACAUCGUCGGCUGUCACUCGGGUGUCAUGUAUUUGACAUCUACAUGACCAUUUUCUUUGAUUCACCUCCCAGCACCAACCUUGCCGAACUCAACGAUGACCUGCCGAGCGACGAGAAGCUUUGGUCGGCCCGUUCCUCUCAGGCAUGGUUCCACGUCUAUCGACGGGGCAGCCUUCCUUCUUCUACUGUCAAUCAGACAAAGGCCAGCGUUGGCAGCGGCGCCGGAGGCAGCAGCAGCGCCAAGAGUGGAAGCAACAGCAACAGCAACAGCAACAGCAACAGCAACAGCAACAGCAACAGCAACAACCACAAAAAGAUGCUUCACGCCGUCCAGACCCUCGUUGGUCGACGGCAAGUGGCAGCCCCGACGUCUCCGCUCGCCAGCCACCUCAUCUCUAUGCUCCUGGCAAGGUUCUUGUGGGACCGAAAGCAGCAGCAGCUCGCCCAGCAGAUCCUUGAUGGCCAGUUGGUUCAACACAGCAGCGAAGACGGUCAGCUCGAGAUGGAGCAGCAAAAGGCCAAGAGCUCCGGCGACGACUCUGACGCUCCCUCACAGAGGUACCUCGACGCAAUGAAGCUCUUCGCAGAGGCGGGAGCUGACUCCGAAACGCUGGAUCGACGGAUGAUGUACCACUUUGCCAGUACUCGUCAGCUCAUUCCGCUCAGUAUGCUUCGUCGGCUAGGCGCACGGACAUCUGACGGUGUCCUGGAGGCCAGGGAGGUCCUCAGGCUCAGUCUUUGCAACAACGUGAACGCCCAAAGAAGAUUCCGAGCUGCAGCCUGGCACAGCAGCAGAAUCAGAAAACUCUUUAUCGAGAGCCCGCGGUGGAAGCCUUACGAGUCGCACCUCGUCUUUACUGCCGCCCUGAUCCUCUGGACAUUUGCCAAUCUCUCGUCUCAGCUUGGCUGGUCCAGCGGGCCGAUGUCCAAGGCACCCAUACUCGAUGAUGAAGUCGACAUGACGAGCCAAGAGCUGCAAGACUGGAUAAAUGAUGUUCGACGACCAGCUCGUUUGAGGGGCGUCGGCCUUCUUGAAGGGCACGAGGUCGGCAGCAAGCUGCUCAAGGUCUUUUCCUGCGAGCUCGAGGCCAGCGAUGCUUGGGGCAUCACCUGGUCCUACAUCAAGCUUCUCCGGCACCUCUCUUCCAUGACUCCUCCUUCUGCGCAGUGAAGAACCUUUGUAUUGAGCCUUCCAGGUGUACCGGGACCGCUUCGUAUUUACAAUAGUGAGCCAAAAAAAAAUGGGAAAGGGAGAGAAUAGCAGCAAGCAAGAAGCAAGAAAUGGAGAAAACGAGACAGACGAUAAUAGUUACGCG